UACUCGCAAGCAGAUUACCAAUUCUUUCUUGACAUCCUCCAAGCCGAACCUUUCACCUAAAAAUGUUUUGUUAUAACCUAUCAUCCAUGCAUGACUGUCGAAAGAUUCCCGCUAACCCAUAUGGGUAAUUAUGGUAUGGUUACCCAGACCUAGCAAGCAUACCCCAGGCCUCGAAUCUAUCCGGAUGCAGAAGCAUGCAUGUGGUAUCCUAGGGUAUUGGAUACUUCCAGCCCCGACAUUCUAAUCGCGCAGUGUCAUUUGUUGAUGCUAGACAAGAGCCAUCUCAUGUCUUAACCGCCCCAAUCUUGUUAGACCACAAGAAAUUCACAAUACGCACUGCUACUACGGACCGAAUAGUCAAGGCAUGCUGUCCGUCAAAUGUUGGAUGAAAACUGCUCAGUGCACUCUCCAGGUUUCCAAAACGAUGAAAUGCAUUUGCAUUGCUAGAUGCAAUGGUAGAGUUACUUUCGGUAAGAGGAUGAAGUCACAAGUCAAACAAAUAUUCUCGAUAAGACCUACGAUGCCUUGAGGUAGACGGAUAGAUGCUAUCUAUUUCUGCCACAUUAAAAUUCCAGGAAUUUGCACAAUUCCCCUUUCUAUUCAAAAUCAAUAAUCGAAAUCAAAAUGCUAGUUGAACCGAGAUCAGCCACUGAUGCACCGGCACCAGAUGGAGACUAUGUUGCUUGGGUGCAAUGUGCAACGUGCAAUGUGCAAGCUCAUUUUCUCUAUUCUUCCUGUCUUGGGGCCUCUGAGCUCAUUUGCACUGCACUAUUCAAAAUAUCUUUACUGAAGCCUUUAGAGACUGACUAUCCUUCAUGGACUCCGUCUCAGAUCUCUUGGAUUGGGUCUAUUCAAGCAUUUUUUCUCUUCGGAUUCUCCAUAGUUGCUGGUCCAGUCUUCGACCGUGGAUAUUUGAGGUCUCUUGUUUGGAUAGGAUGCUGUUUGUGCGUGCUAGCAAUGAUGUUGACCAGUAUAAGCUCUGAAUAUUGGCAUUUCAUACUGGCUCACGGAGUCAUGUUCGGCAUAGACAGUGGUUCUUAUUUUGACAAGAAACAAGCAUUAGCGUUGGGAGUUGCAGCUUCUGGUAGUGCUAUAGGAGGUGUUGUUUUUCCGAUAAUCUUCAACCAGUUGCAACCAAAAAUUGGUUUUGGGUGGUCGAUCCGCGUCAUUGGUUUUAUCAUUCUUUUGGCCGCUACAAUUCCUGUACCCGGAAUGCGUGUGCGGACUCCUCCGUCUGCAAUCAGAAAGAUAUUCGAUACGAAAGCCUGGAAAGAACCGCCGUUCUUGGUUACUAGGUUUAUGGGCGCUUAUAUCCUGCCUUUCUAUGUUCAAUCAUAUGCUCUUGACACCAAUAUAGUGGGAGGUGACGUUGUCGUCGGAUCUUUCUUUGAACGCAUGAUCCCAACCCACUUCGCCGACAUCUAUGGUCCAUUUAAUAUCGACAUAAUCUGUGUUCUCCUAAGUGGAAUCUUAGCUUUCACCUGGAUAACUCAUCAUACCACUGCUAGCAUAAUUUUAUUCACUGUAUCGUAUGGCUUCUUUUCCGGCGGUUUGACGUCAAAAUCUCCAAAUCUCGGUGGUGCACUAUCUCCAGAUACGGGCGUUUCGGGUGUUCGCUUAUAAAUGCUCUUAAUGCCAAUAUCUGUAGGCAUAUUGAUCGGAAAUCCAAUUGCAGGCGCUCUGGAAUCUUAUGGGUGGAUUUCUCUGCAGGUAUUCACAGCCGCAUUGUUGAUGGCCUCUCUCGUGGUAGUUAUCACUGCUAGAAUCUUAAUGUACGGUAAGAGCUUGACGAUUAGAUGCUGAAUGAUAUAAUACAUCAUGUUAUAAUCAUGUCAUAGCCAGAUAAACUGCUGCCUUACUAGACACACAAUCCCGAAGCAACGGUAGCAUUUACUUUAAGGCUCCGUGACUAAACAUCUAAAAUUGGAAAGAAUUGCAUAUUGAGGUCGCAAUGACUGGCCUUU